UUCUAGAGGGCGGUAAACGACUGUAAGGGUGCCGGCCACGUGAUUUUUGAUCGAUUGAGAGCGAGCGGAAAGUGAGAUUGUUUACGUUUUGUAGAGAAGAUGCUUCAACCGAUAUUGCAUAAGCUCGCUACACAACGUAUAGUUUUAGCCAGUGGAUCACCUCGCAGAGAGCAAAUUUUAAAGAAUAUCAAUUUAAAAUUUGAAGUUAUUCCAUCUACAUUUGAAGAAAACCUUGAUAAAAGUAGUUUUGAGAAACCUUAUGAAUUUGUUAAAGAAACUGCAAAAUGUAAAGCCUUACAAGUUGCAGAAAAAUUGAAAUUACAAAAGAAGAUGCUUCAACCGAUAUUGCAUAAGCUCGCUACACAACGUAUAGUUUUAGCCAGUGGAUCACCUCGCAGAGAGCAAAUUUUAAAGAAUAUCGUUAAAAACUAUAUGUUACAUGGAACUAACUUGAUUUUAUGUGCAGAUUUUAAUGCUAGAAUGGCACAUCCUGAUUAUUUGUCACGUUUUACUGGUGACUGGAAAAUUGCUUUGAAGGUUUCAAAGGAUUCUACUGUUAAUAAUAGAGGGAAAACUAUCAUUUUUGAGGAUAACAGUCCUGUUUGUCUAAAUGGUUUAUUGCCAGGAGAUAAAGCGGUCUUACAAAAAUAUCUGUUUUUUAGGGAUAAAGCCGGAGCGUACGGAAUACAAGAAAUUGGCGGGACAAUAAUUGAAGGAAUACAAGGGGAUUAUUUUACUGUAAUGGGUCUUCCGAUCCACAGAUUAUGCAAAGAGUUAGUUCAGUUAUAUAAAGAUAUAAAGAUUUUAUAAUUUAUUAAACUUUGUGGAAUAAAAAUUUGAUAUUGUCUGUAUAUUAUGUAGAUUCAUCAUUUUCAUUCAUAGAUUGUAUAUUUGAUUAAUCUUAUACUGUGUUUCAAAAUUUUAACAGUUGUAGAUUUGUAAUGAAUUUUUAUUUUUUUGUAUUAAGGUUUAGUAAUGUAUACAGUAGUUUACAUACUUUAAUCAUUGUUCAUCAAAUAAUUGAUUUAUUUACAAAGUUUUACUGCAUGACUUUUGUCAAAAAAAAAAAAAAAAAUCAUUACAGUAGAACCUCGAAAACUCGGCUCUCGAUAACCCGGCACUCCGGAUAA